AUGUUCUGGGGUAGAGCUCUGGGCCAGGUCUCUGAGCUAGGGCUCUGGACUAGGGCUAUGGCUAUGGCUAUGGCUAUGGCUAUGGCUAUGGCUAUGGCUAUGGCUAUGGCUAUGGCUAUGGCUAUGGCUAUGGCUAUGGCUAUGGCUAUGGCUAUGGCUAUGGCUAUGGCUAUGGCUAUGGCUAUGGCUAUGGCUAUGGCUAUAGCUAUGGCUAAUAACUUGCUUUUUGUAGACUAG